AUGGCUAGCCCUGCUGUGCUUACCUUCGAUGCUGAGGGGCGAGCGAUAGAUUUUGAGGUCUGGCUUGACGACUUGCAGCUGUUCCUGCAGUGUGAUAGCAAAGACGAUGUCUCGCUGCAUGACCUCACGUCUGGUGCUUCCCCCCAGCCUGCUACUGAUGCUGAUGCUACUGUGCGCUCUCGCUGGAACACUCGCGAUGCUGCUGCCCGCCUUGCUGUGCGUAGUCACCUGCCGUCUGCUGAGCGUGCGCACUUCACUCAGUUUAAGACCGCUAAGACCCUGUUCGAUGCUGUCGUUGCACGCUACUCCUCCCCUGCCUCUGCUGCCCUUAGCCGCAUCAUGCUGCCCUACCUUUUCCCUGACCUCGCUGCCUUUGCUACAGUUGCUGACCUCAUUACGCACCUCCGCACUAGUGACACUCGCUACCGCGCUGCGCUUCCUACUGAGUUCUGCGUCAAGAAAAACCCCCCCCCCAUGUACAUCACCCUCUACUACCUAGUCACCCGUCUUCCUGACUCCCUUCGCUCAGUCAGGGACCACUUCCUAGCUCUCUGCCCCACCACACUCACCGUUGACCUCCUCGAGAAGGAGCUCCUUUCAGCCGAGCAGAGUAUAGCCGCUGUCGGAGCCUCUCGCGGUGACCCUCGUACCCCUAUCUUUGAGGGGUGCUCCCCUGUUCCCCUUUUGCCCUCUGUUGCCUCUGCUGCUGCUGUCGACCUCCUUGGCACUGAGUCGGUCGGAGCUGCGUCUGCCCCUGGCGGGAGGCGCCGCAACAGCAAGGGCAAGGGGGGCAAGGGUGCUGGAGGAGCUGGCGGGGGUGGUGGUGGUGGCGGUGGGGGCGGCCGGGGGGGUGGGGGUGGAGGUGGGAGUGGGGGCGGGGGUGGGGGCUCUGGUGGCGGCGGUGGAGGCGGGGACAGUGGCAGCGGCGGCGGUGGGACUGGAGGAGGUGGAGGUGGCGGCGGAGGCAGUGGAGGCGGCAGUGGCGGGGGUGGCGGUGGUACUGGUCGGGGUGGCUCGGUGCAGAGGGGAGGCUCCGGUGGUGGACAGCGUCCGCAGCAGCAGCGCUCUCGUGAGGCCCCGCCGCCGCAGCAGCUUCACCAGUGGUACGCUGGGCGUCAGCGGCCUGGGGGUGCUGGUCCCUGUACGUACUUCUUUCGUACUGGUGACCGCACUGGAGAGCAGUGUGGAGGCGCGCACACCACUCAGCGCUGCUUCGGUCGCCUGACAGACGCCUGGCGUCUUAGGUUCCCUGAAGCCACUGAGCUCCCUCGCUGGCAUGAGCUGCUUAGGUCGGGCGUUGCUAUCUUUGAUCUUGACUAUGAUGCUAUCCUUGCUGCCAUGUAUGUUAUGUCUACUAGUGAUGACGGUGACUGUUACCUGAGUGUUCCGCCCGACCCGGGCGGUGCAGCUUUUGCUCUAGGUGCUAGUGAGUCUGCUGCUCCAGGUGCUAGUGAGUCUGCUGCUCCAGGUGCUGGUGAGUCUGCUCUCUCAGGUACCACGUCGGCUCAGGCGUCGCACACUUUCACCCUUGACUCGGGUGCUUCCCGCUCCUUCUUUCGAGACCGCACCACUCUUACGCCGCUCAACCGGCCGGUUGCGGUCUCCCUGGCAGACCCCUCUGGGGGUCCUGUCCUUGCUCACUACUCCACUGUCCUGCCGUGUCCAGCUGUCCCGUCUGGCUCCUUGUCCGGUCUUUACCUCCCCUCGUUCUCUACGAACUUGGUGGCGGGUGCUGACCUACAGGAUGGGGGAGUUGACCAGUUCACUCCUGCGCGUCAGCGGGUGACCCACUGCACGUGUGCUGACACGGGCCGACACUUGGCCACGUUUACUCGUCGGCCGGGGUCGAGCCUGUACACACUGACUACCGAGUCUCCGCCGGUUGCUGUUCCUGGUCAGGUAGCUGCGUCGGGUCAGGUGUUUGCUGCAGCGUCUCGGUCUGGUCCUGAGUCUGCCCCCUGCUCGUGUCGCCUCCUGUCCCAUGAGACUCUUCUCUGGCACCACCGUCUUGGUCACCCCUCCCUGCCUCGUCUCCGAGGCAUGGCCUCUCGUGUCCUUGUCUCUGGUCUCCCCCGGUCUCUCCCUCCCCUCCCUCCGGGGCCUGCCCCUACCUGCCUUCCUUGCAUCGAGGGGCGGCAGCGCGCCGCUCCUCACUCCUCCGAGUUUCCGCCGACAGAGGCUCCGCUGCAGACUCUUCACAUGGACGUGUGGGGCCCAGCCCACGUCCGUGGACAGGGUCACGAGCGCUACUUCCUGCUGGUGGUUGACGAUUACUCGCGUUACACCACAGUCUUCCCCUUGCGCCGCAAGGAUGAGGUCACUGAGGUGUUGAUCGACUGGAUCCGCGCUGCUCGUCUCCAGCUCAGGCAGAGUUUCCGCUCUGACUUUCCUGUUUUGCGUCUGCACUCCGACAGAGGUGGGGAGUUUUCCUCAGGCCCUCUGCGAGCCUACUGUCGUGCGAGGGGCAUCCGCCAGACGUUCACGCUUCCGGCCUCUCCGCAGCAAAAUGGGAUUGCUGAGCGCCGCAUUGGCAUGGUCAUGGAUGUCGCUCGCACGUCCAUGAUCCAUGCGGCUGCUCCCCAUUUUCUGUGGCCGUUUGCGGUUCAGUACGCGGCGCGUCAGAUCAACCUUCAGCCCCGGGUCUCCAUGCCGGGGACCUCCCCCACUCUGCUGUGGACGGGGAAGGUUGGCGAUGCGUCUGCGUUCCGUGUCUGGGGAUCUCGGGCUUUUGUCCGAGACUUGUCUGCGGACAAGAUGUCCUCCCGUGCUGUUCCCUGCGUCUUCCUUGGCUUCCCCCCUGACGCGCCUGGCUGGCAGUUCUACCACCCCACCUCGCGCCGUGUUCUGUCCUCCCAGGACGUCACGUUUGACGAGUCGGUUCCGUACUACCGUCUCUCCCCCUACCGCGCCGCCCCCCUGCCACCCCCACCACUUUUCCUCGUGCCAGGUCCCCCCAGGUCGACCCCCUCCCCCCUCAAGGUCCUGCUCCUUCAGGGGGGUGACGUUGCUGCUGACGCCCCGACGGCCUCCCGCCGCGCUCCCCGCUUGGAGACCCCUCCGGGGUUCCCUCCACGACCUUCCUCACCGCCUCCGUCGCCGGUUCCUGUUGACUCUGGAGCUGUUGUGGGCGGUGCUCCUGGGGGCGCUGGGUCUGGGGGUGCUGAGUCUGGGGGUGCUGAGCCUGCGUGUGAGGAGACUGGAGGCCUUGCGCCUGGGGGUGCUGAGUCUGGGGGUGCUGCGUCUGGGGGAGCUGAGCCUGUGUCUGCGGAGUCUGGGGGUACUGAUAUUAAAGUAAGGAAAGCCAUGGAUGGCGAGAGGCUUUGGUGA